AGCUUGUGUCAGUGUGUCACACUCUUGCUUUAAAAUAAGUUCAAGUAGUUGUAAAAAAAAAAAAAGAGAAAGACCUAUAAUUUUCUCUUCGAUCUUAUGCUUCCUUUGUCCACAAUUUCUCCUCCCUCUUGACCCCCAUUGUUCUUGUAAGAGAAAGACCUAUAAUUUUCUCUAAAAUUUCCUUCACCAAAUAAAUCCAAUAAUUUACAAAACUUUUCCCUCCAGUAACAAAACAAAAACCCUUUUUUUCACUCUCCUUUUCCAAUUCUCCUUCAAAUUUCAUCCAAUUUUCUUUCAAUUUAAUCUUAUCUAUACCCAAAUUUGCUCUUUUUUCAAACCCUAAAUCUCUAUUUUUUCUCACUCUUUCUUACGAUCUUAACAACAGUUUCGUCUUAUUUUUCAGUAGUGUGAUAUUUUCCAAUCAUGUCACAUUUUCAAUAAUUUUCCAAUUUUUUAUUGCCGCCAUUAAUGCUGAGGUUUAAUUGCAGGAGUAGUUGAUUGCGUUUUCAAUUGCGAGGAUUUGCUUCUGCUUAUAAUGCUAACAUUUAGCUAGUAACCCUUUGAUUUAGGGUUUUUCUCUAUCUUCUGAGCAGUGUGUUUGUUUUAGGGUUUAAAAGCGAAAUGUCGGAUGAGAUGUUAAUUCAUUUCUCAUCGAAUUCAUCUAAUCAGUCGGAUAAUUCUUUGCCUACUAAAAUUGCGAAGCUUGAAGCUCGUUUAGUUGGAAAAGGUUCAGUUUCGGGUCCAAACUCAAUGCCUUUACCCGCUCCAACUGCCUGGCCUUCUGCUUCGUCGUCUAAGUUUGCUGAUAUUGAUAAUGUACCAGAACCAUCAACCUCAAGUGAUUCUGACGAUGAUAGCGGGGGGGAAUUUCUCAUACAAGCAAACAAUCAAAAGCGCCAAAAACUUCAGGAUGAUGUUGAGGUUCUUAGUGAUGGGAUUUCGAAGACCAUUGAAGGCACACCCAUCAAGCCUGGUUUGGAGAUUCCCAAGAAAAAAGGUCGUGGUAGACCUCAAGGAGCAACUAGUCGUGGCCGUACUUCAAGAUCAAAUGAUCACCCUAAAUCUCAGGCAUCUCCUUUACCUAACUCUUCCAUAAAUGGUCACAUGGACAACUCAAAUAGCAAGGAUACCAGAUGUAAAGAAUUAUUUAUGAAUGGUGAUCGCCCGCCGUUGGAGGAUGAUGUUGCUUGUUUGCAAAGGAAGGUUUCUUCUUUAGAAGACGAGCUACGCAAAUCACGUGAAGAGAUUGCUAAUUAUCAAAAUCAAUGCCAACAACUAGGAAAGGAGCUCAAGGAGCAUAGAGAAUGUGAAGAAAUCAUGAAGCCCAAGCGAACAAAAGUUAUAUCUGAUUUGCUGAUAUCAGUUUCAAAAGCUGAGAGGCAAGAAGCAAGGAUGAAAGUGCGCCAGGAUUCAUUGCGACUUGGCAAUGUUGGAGUGAUAAGAGCAGGAACUGUCAUAUCUGAAACUUGGGAGGACGGGCAAGCGUUGAAAGACAUUACUGCACAUCUUAAACAAUUGUUAGAGGCAAAGGAAAUGGUUGAGAGACAAAGGAAAUUGUUAAGGAAGCGACAACCUGAUAAGAGUGAUGGAUGUGACUCAGAUUUGGGUGUCCAAGAGGAAGAUUUCUUUAUUCAGGAUGAAAUAUAUAAAUCACGUCUUGCGAGUAUAAAACGGGAGGAAGAAGUGGUGUUGCGGGAGAGGGACCGUUAUGAGUUGGAGAAGGGUAAGCUUAUACGUGAGAUGAAGCGCAUACGGGAUGAGGAUGGUUCCCGUUUUAAUAACUUCCCAAUAUUAAAUCGCCGAUACGCCCUCUUGAAUCUCUUAGGGAAGGGAGGUUUCAGCGAGGUCUACAAGGCAUUUGACUUGGUAGACCAUAGGUACGUUGCUUGUAAGCUUCACGGUCUAAAUCCUCAAUGGAGUGAAGAGAAGAAGCAAAGUUACAUCAGACAUGCUAUUCGAGAGUAUAACAUUCACAAGACUUUGGUGCAUAAUAAUAUUGUUCGUCUUUGGGACACUUUUGAGAUUGAUCAAAAUGCAUUCUGCACUGUCCUUGAAUUUUGUAGUGGCAAAGAUCUUGAUGCAGUUCUUAAGGCGACACCUGUAUUACCAGAAAAGGAAGCACGAAUAAUUAUCGUACAGAUAUUCCAAGGUCUUGUCUAUUUGAACAAGAGAUCACAAAAGAUAAUUCACUAUGAUCUGAAGCCUGGGAAUGUUCUUUUUGAUGAGCUUGGUGUAGCCAAACUCACAGAUUUUGGUCUGAGCAAAAUUGUAGAAGAGGAUGUUGGAUCCCAGGGCAUGGAGCUUACUUCGCAAGGAGCGGGUACUUAUUGGUACUUGCCUCCUGAAUGCUUUGAGCUCACUAAGAUACCACUAAUAUCUUCAAAGGUUGAUGUCUGGUCAGCUGGUGUUUUGUUUUACCAAAUGCUCUUUGGAAAACGUCCUUUUGGCCAUGAUCAAACUCAGGAACGAAUUUUACGGGAAGACACCAUAAUUAAAGCAAGAAAGGUGGAUUUCCCUUCCAGACCUAGCAUCUCGAAUGAAGCAAAGGAAUUGAUACGCCGUUGUCUAACCUAUAAUCAAUCUGAGAGACCUGAUGUUUUGAGUAUUGCUCAAGAUUCUUAUUUGACGUAUGCGAAGAAGUGAUUGACCGAGGCAAGACAAUUUUUUUGGAUUAUGGGAAAAGAGAGUUUCCUUACUACACCUUGUUAUCGAAUGCUAUACCUCGGCCAUCUGAGCUGCAGAAUGCUUUUCUGUAUAGGUUGUAUCUGUGAAUCUUCUGUAACAUGUAUAUAUGACUCCUCCCUCCUAUACAUUUCCUUCCCAGCCAACCGGAUUUGAUGCCUUUGUUUUUUCGGCUUUCUGCACUUUAGUAUUGCCGUCAAAUGUCAAUUUACUUGUUACUGCUGAUUGGAAAUGAGGAGCAACAGUUGUACUAAAAAAAAUUUGAAGUUGACUUGCAAAA